AUGCACUACGUUCCAAUCUCAUAAACAGAAAGGCGUAUAUCAAAGUUAAAACACAAAAAUAAAUAGAAGACUAUGUUUAUAAUAGUGGGAGCAUUACUUAUUUGUUUAAUAGCAAUGUUGGUGCUUAUUGUAUUAGAUGUUAAUAGUAUUGUUUUAUUAUAUAAGAUUAUGUUAAGAUUAACAGUAUAUUUUAAAUAUGGUAACCACAAAACACAGUUGCUAUGGUUUAGACUUAAAGAGAUGUGAUAUAAUCAAAACAUAAGUAGAUUGAUGAAGAAUUGUUUCAUCUUAAAUCUAUAUUUUAAGAGAAAGCAUAUAAAGAAGCCACAAAUUUAAAAUUACCUAUAAUAGAUAAGAAUGAAUAUUAAUAUUUCACUCUAUCAAAUGGAUUAAAAGUAUUAGUGAUAUAGGAUCCAGAAGCAAAAAUUGCAUAAGCAGCAUUAUGUGUAAAUGUAGGUUCAUGGACAGAACCAGAUGAAUAUCCAGGUUUAGCUCACUUUUUAGAACAUAUGUUAUUUUAAGGAUCAAAGAGUUAUCCAUAGGAAGGAUAUUUCUAAAAAUUGGUAGCAGAAGGAGGUGGAUCAACAAAUGCAUAUACUAGAGGAGAAGAAACAAAUUAUUAUAUGAAAAUAAAUAAUGAAAGAGUAGUGGAAGCUUUAUAAGUGUUUGCUCAUUUUUUUAUUGAUCCUUUAUUGGAUUCUAGUAUGGUUGAUAGAGAAGUAAAUGCAGUAAAUAGUGAAUAUGAAAUUGCAGUAUCAGGUGAUUUAUGGAAGAUUUCUCAUUUAUUUUAGAUUUUAUCAAAUAAACCAAUAGGUAGAUUUACAAUAGGUUCAUUAAAAACUUUAAAAGAUCCAAUGAAAGAAUUAGUAAAAUUUCAUUCACAAUACUAUAGUGCAAAUAUAAUGAGUUUAGUGGUAAAAUCAAAUUAUCCUGAUAUGGCCAAAUGGAUUAGAGAAUAAAGUGAUUUUUCAUAAAUUCCAAAUUUGAAUUUAAAAAAAAAAUCAAAAUUACAUUUACCUUUAAAAAAAACAGGUUUAAUGGUUAAAUAUAAAACAAAUGGAGAUAAAAAUUAAUUAAUUUUAGCUUAUUAAUUGGAUUCUCCUAGAAGUGCUAAAAAAAGCAAAACUUUACCUAUGAUAGCAUCAUUAAUAAAAUCAAAACAUAAGGAAGGAUUAUUAGAUUAUUUAGUUAGAUAAAAGAUGGCUUUAAAUGUUGAUGCAGGUACAUUUUUAGAAGGAAAUGGAGAUUUUACAUUCUUUCUUAUAGAAAUUGAAUUAAUUGAAGGAGUAGAUGAACUUAAAGUAGCUGAAACUGUUACUGGAUAUUUUAAUAAUAUGUUAGAUUAAUUCUUUCAAGAAGAAGAUAAGAAUGAAAUUAAUUAUACACCAUAUUUAGAAGAAAUAUGGUAACAAUACAAAUAAUUACAAUUAUCAUAAUACAAUUAUCUAGAUAACAAUCAUUAUCCUACUGUAUAAUAAAUAGCUCAUAAUCUAAAUUACUUUGAUUAUACUGAUGCUAUGAGUAUUGAAUUUUUAUAUGAGGAAUUCUAACCUGAAAUUAUAUAUAAUUAUUUGACUGAAAUGCUCAAUCCAUCAAAUAUUGUUAUAUUUCAUGGUUCACCUAAAUUUACUAAUCUUAAAUAAUCAUCAGAAUUAUAUAGAUUAGAAUAUGAAAUCUAAACUCUUUCUAGAGAAUAAAUCAAAAAAUUGUCUAGUGCUGUUACUACUAAAGUUGUACUUUUUGAUUGGAUCAAAAGUAAAUAAUUACCAUUGUUAUUACCUAAAAUUAAUACUUUCAUUCCUAAAGAUUUUAGUAUUAAAUCUCUAUGUAGAGAAUAAACUUCAUUUAUAUAAGCUCCUCUUGUAUUUAAAAGCAAAGAAGACUGUAUUUAACAUGAAAAAGAAUAUGAAACUAUUAAUCAUUAUCCUCUUAUGAUUAAAAGAACUGUUGAAACUAAAGCUUGGUGGAAAUUACAAAGAUAAUUUUAAGUUCCUUAAAUAUUUACAGGUGUUAUGUUUAAUACACCUAAAUCUAUUAAUUCAUUAAAAGAUAAACUCUUGAUUUAAGUGUUUAAUACUCUUGUAACUGAUAAUUUAAAUUAAGAAAUUUAAGAAGCUAUUGAUGCUGGAUAUCAAUUCUAAUUUACACCAAGUAUUAAAGGGGUUUCACUUGAAUUAUAUGGAUGGUCUGAUAAUUAUUAAUCAUUCUUUGAAAAAGUUCUGUAAUCCAUAAAUAAUUUAAAAUAUGAUUCAUUUUAUUAAGUGAAAUAGAAAUUGAUGAUCUAUUACAAUAAUAUUUAUUAAGAUAAAUUAUUUAGAGUAGCAAUGUCAGAAUAUUUGAAUUAGGUUGUUUAAGCUUAAUAUUAUACAUCUCAACUAUUUUAAGAAGAAUUGGCUACACUAGAUUUAGAAAGUCUAUAAGAAUUCCAUUCUAACUAUUUCUCUAACUUUAGAGUAUCAUCUUUUGUAAGUGGCAACAUCCUUAGAUCUGAAGUAGAAGAUCUUUUACAUACAAUUAGAAAGGUCUUCCAUAAAUCAAGUAGUCAUACAUCAGAAGAACCUCAUGUUUACAAUAUAAGAGAUUUUACUAAUAAAAAUAUUGUUGUCCCCUUAAUUCAUAAGGGUGGUGAUAAUAAUGAUGUAAAUGGUGUUACUAUUAAUUAUUAUUAAAUUGGACAUAGAAAUAAAAAGAAUUUUGCUAUAAUGAAUCUUAUACAAUAAUUCUUCCAUAAUCAUGCAUUCUAAUAUCUUAGAACUGAGAGAUAAUUGGGUUAUGUUGCUCUAAUGAGAUUCAUACCUAUUGGUUGUAUUGAUGGUGCUGCAAUAAUUGUUUAAGGUACAGCAUAAAUGCCUUAUGUUGUUAAUUAACAUAUUGAAGACUUUUUGAAAUAAUUCCAUAAUGUACUAUUAUCAUUAGGUGAUGAUUAAUUAGAUAAUAUUAAAAAUGGAGCUGUAUUAUUAAAUUAUAUCUUAUUUAGAAAUCUGCCCUUUAAGAGAAAGAUAAAUCAUUAUAUGAUGAAAGUGCCUAUAUUUGGAGUUAGAUUAGAGGUAAUAAUCUCUAAUUAGAAGAAAAAGAGAUUGCAAUUGCUAUGAUUGAUGAAAUAUUGUAAAAAGUAUACAUAGUUAAUUAAUUAAAAGGAUAUUGUAGAGUUUUAUGAAAAAUACUUUAUUAAAUAAUAAAAUAAGUUAAGUUUGUAGAUAUAUGGUAAAGGAUUGAUAGAACAAUUUAAUUAAGUUAAAGACAAUUUAUUGGAAAAGGAAUAAAUCAUAGAAUUGAAAACUCUUAAUGAAUUUAAAUGUGCUUAUACCCUAAAUAAUUUAUGA